CUUUGCAGGGUAUUUAAAGAAUUCACAAGCAGGGCUUUAUCGCGUCAGUCUCUUUCUCUCGUCAGCUCAGGAUCAGUGGCGUGCGGUUUCUUACAAUUUUUUAGCUAUACCUUCAAUUUUCUUUUGGAUCUGUACCCCACAGCACCCGGGAACCACUAAGAACCAUGGCUGAUGACAGCAUCGUUAAGAGGACCGUCCACAGGACCUACCAGGUCUACCGUGGUGUGUCGCCUUCCUCUAGCAACAGAAUGGAGAUGCGCAUAAGAGAACUAGAAGAUGCCUUGGACAGCGAAAGGGAUGCGCGCGUCAGGGCUGAGAAGAUGGUAACCGAACUGUCCUACCAGUGUGAGCAAAUGCAGACUCAACUAGAGGAAGCCGGUGGAUUGUCUAUCACACACAUCGAAAUCCAGAGGAAGCGCGACCAAGAGAUUAGCAGACUACGCAAGGAACUCGACACAGCCAACGCCCAGUUUGAAGCAACAGAGCACGCCCUGAGGAAGAGGUUCCAGGACCAGAUCAACGACCUCUCAGAGCAGGUCGACUAUCUCAGCAAACACAAGAGCAAGGCUGAGAAAGAAAAGCAGGUACUCAUCAUUGAAAUUGAUGGACUUUCGACAUCUCUGGAUGCUACUACCAAAGCCAGGCAAUCCGCCGAAGCCAAGCUCGAGGGUCUGGAGGGUGCCGUGGCCAGGCUGCGCGCACAGGUCGAUGACCUUAACAAACAACUGAACGACGCCAACGCCGCCAGAGCCAAGCUGACCUCUGAGAACUUCGAGCUCCAGCACACCAUCCAGGAACUGGACAGCACCAGCGGACAGCUCGCACAGGCCAAGAAGCAGCUGGCAGGUGCUCUGGACGACGCCAAGAGGAACUUGGACGAUGAGGUCAGGUCCCGCCAGAACCUCCAGGCUUCCCUAUCCGCCCUCCAGGCUGAGUAUGACAACCUGAACAUGCGUUACGACGAGGAAUCUGAGACCAACUCCGCACUGCGUGCUCAACUUGGAAAGCUUCAGGCUGAGUUGGCCGCACUCAAGGCCAAGUAUGACCGGGAAUUGUUGGCCAAGACUGAGGAAUUGGAUGAGCUUCGUCGCAGACUCACCAUCCGUAUCACCGAGCUGGAGGACAUUGCAGAGCAGGCCCGUUCCAGAGCUGCCGGCUUGGAGAAGGCAAAGAACAGACUGCAGAUCGAACUUAGAGACAUCACAAUUGAACUGGACAAUGCCAACGCCCUCAACGCGGACCUGAGCAGCAGAUUGAAGCAGGCAGAGAAGGACAAGGCUGCCCUUGAGGCCAUGGUCGCUGAACUUAAGAACGACUUGGGCAACCUGGCCAACGAGAACAAGGCCCUUGCAGCCGACAACGGCAGACUGAAGGUCAGCGUUACUGAACUUACCGAAAAGAACCAAGCCCUAGACAGAGAGAACCAAGGAUUAAACGGCCAGGUUCGUGAACUGAAGAACGAGCUCCGCGAUGCCAACCGCCAGAUCCAAGAACUCACUGCCGCCAACGGCGACCUCAGGAAUGAGAACGACAUGCUGAAGAACGCUGUCAAGGACCUCGAGGAUGCUCUCAGGGACGCUGAGGCCAGAGCCAAGGCCGCACAAGACGCCCUUGCUGCCCUCAAGGCCGAGAUGGAAAGAAGACUUCGUGAGAAGGAAGAGGAAUUGGAGGCCCUGCGCAACAGCACACGCCGCACCAUCGAGGAACUUCAGCACACCAUCACGGAGAUCGAGGCCCGCUACAGAAGCGAGCUUGGCCGCCUGAAGAAGAAACUGGAGGCUGAAAUCAGAGAUCUUGAGAUCGCCUUGGACGCUGCAACCAAGAAGGCAAAGGACUUUGAAGCUAAGUGCAGAGUACUGGAAGUCAGAGUAAAGGAACUCGAAGUCCUGCUUGAGGAUGAGCGCCGCCGUGCCGACGAUGCCACCAACGCCCUUGGCAACUCUGAGAGAAGAAGAAUCCAGCUUGCACAGGAGCUUGAGGACGUCAGGAGUCUGUACGAAACCUCCGAGAGAGCCCGCAAGGCCUCUGAGAACGAACUGCACGACGCCAACACCCGCAUCAGCGAGAUCACCAUCCAGAUCAACACUCUCACCAACGACAAGAGACGCCUGGAGGGUGACAUUGGUGCUAUCCAGUCCGAUCUUGAUGAUGCACUGAAUGCCAGCAGGGAAGCUGAGGACAGAGCUAACAGACUGCAGGCUGAAGUAAGCCGACUUGCUGACGAACUCCGCCAGGAACAGGAGAACUACAAACACGCCGAGAGCCUGCGCAAACAGCUGGAGGUUGAGAUUAGAGAGAUCACCAUCAAGUUGGAGGAGGCUGAGGCAUGGGCCCAGAGGGAAGGAAAGAGAAUGGUCGCCAAGUUGCAGGCUAGAGUCCGUGACUUGGAAGCCGAGCUGGAGGCCGAGCAGCGCCGCCAGAGAGACACAUUGGGAGCCCUGCGCAGAGUGGAGCGUAGCUACAAAGAGAUCAUCGUUCAGGCUGAGGAUGACCGCAGAUCGGUCGUUGACCUCCAGGACUUGAUCGACAAACUGAAUCUUAAGAUCAAGGCAUACAAACGCCAGCUUGAGGAAGCCGAGGAAGUGACGACCAUUACCCUGAACAAAUACCGCAAACUACAGGGUAUGUUGGAAGAAUCAGAAUCCAGAGCUGACGCAGCUGUGCACGCCGCCCUUCGCUCCAGGCGCUCCAUGUCUGUUACCAGGGAAACGUACAGAGUUGUAAAAGCAUAAAUAGCUUCUAUACGUCUCAAGUGCCCUGUGUUUUAAAUCACCCAGCUACUUUCACAAACUGUUACAUUUUAACUGAAUGGAGAUCACUUUAGACAUAAAACGAAACAAAAACUUGGCUAUUCUUUCGUAUAUUUGUUGUAACUGAACUAAAACUGUGGAACAAAGUACACUGAGGAAACCAAGUAUUUUUACGUCAUCUUCAUCUUGGAGGGGGUCACGUGAUCAUCGCUGAUUGGGUGGGUCCACUAGGCUGCGCCAUCUUGACUUUCCAUCGUACCAACAGCAACACCAACCAACGCCACUGAAUGCCAUUUAACCAACCGGUGGUCAAGCGAUUCCCUUUCUCGAUGCCAUGUCCGGCAUGUGCGACACUGCCCAUGUUUAUAUUUGUUAUGUUGUUAUAAACUUUUGUAUGUAUUUUACAAUGCUGAUAUAUUUAGGACUACUUGAACUAGCUUUUAUAUAUUAAAUGACAGUGAUGAUUCAAGAGGGAGAACAUAGUACGUGAUUUUAUUUUGUUGUGAAGACAGGAUGACGUGCAAUAGAUAUAUUGAAUAGUGCACCACUAAAGACUAACAAGAUGUGGAGGUUGCACAUGAAAACUAUCACCAAGGAAUAAAAUUCUGUUCGAACAGUGUAUGUGUUGAGGAGCAAUACAGUUAAAAAGACGAGGAAGCGCACCACUGCUUGUAGGGCUAGAAAUAGCAAACGUGACAUACCUUGUGAAAUCCAGGAGUGCUCACGACGAUAGAUGUCAUCACCAAUCGGGUCGACUCUCCUAAUUCCAGGACGAAGCAGGACCGACGUUUAAAAGCUGCAAUGGAUGAUAUCUUAUGGGUGGGUGGAAUUGGUACAUCCCGUUUACCCUUGUGUGGUUCCCAACUCUAUUGACACCCCUGUGUGCUGUUGUGAGCUGGCGCUUCUGUCGCUGGACAAACAAGCUACUUGGGUGCAUAGCGACAUCUAGCGGUGGUGAGAGAGUGCAGGCACACGUGUCUCGAGAGCUGGAUGCACGGAAUUGUUACGGGUGUGUCAGUUUCAGCCAUUCCCACAGGCCUCGCCGACUCUGUAGUUUGAAUUUUAACUUUAAAGGACUGCAGCACACCGCCUCCCUUUCCAGCCUAUUUCGAACAUUGCGGAAAGGUUGUGAAAUAUAGAGGUGUAAAGCGGUCCUAAUUUUUUUCUUCAAAAUGUAAAAACAAUGUAAGAUAGGAUGGGAAAGCGAAAAGAGAGAGAUGGAGAUACUUUUAUUUCUUUUAUUAUGGAGGACGAAGUGGCCUUUCCUACCUUUUAGAUGUUAUGACCUGCAGCUGCGCAUGCGCCUCGUCAAUCCACUGGUAGUGUCGUCUGCUCCAGGCCACGUCGUCGUCCAUUUUCCGCCAUUUUAUGGCAGUCGAUUUGUACUCAGCUCAUGGCCAUGUUGAUGAGAAUAAAAUCGCUGAAUAAGCGAAA